GAAAAAGAAAGAAGGAAACGAAGAGAAUGAAAUAAGCGCAAGGUUAGAGAAAAAGAACCCUAAUGAACCCCAAAUUUGGGGUUUGGCGCUGAAGGAUAAACAAUUUGCAGAAGAAAAAGGUUAGUUUGGUUGCAUUUGUUUAUGGAUCGUCAAUAUAAAUAUGCGUAGAAAUUGAAUGUGAGAAAGAAAAGUCAAUGCUGGAGCCUAAUCUGCAUGCGAAAAGGUAGAAAGAGAAAAGACGAAAUGGAAAAAGAAGGAGUGCUAUGGUAUAUCCGUAUACGCGCAUUUCCUAUUUGCGCGGUCUUCCUCACUUCCAACUCCUCCAACUUCCGACUCUUUUCCUCUUUUUCUCAACAAUCUUCUCUUUUCUUGCACCUUUUGUCAUUGUUUUAGUUGGAUCAUCACAUAUCUUCAUACCCCAUUUCAAUUUUGUUUCAUUCCCACCUCUUCUUUCUCAGUAUUAUUGAUUUUUCUGUUUCCUUGCUUUCUGGGUUUAAAACUGGAUUUCUAUGUGUUCUGGGUAUAAGAAUAUGAAGCUUACUGUUCGUGUAAUCGAGGCUCGGAAUUUACCACCAACCGAUCUCAAUGGGUUAAGUGAUCCCUAUGUUCGGUUGCAACUUGGUAAGCAGAGGUUCAGGACCAAGGUGGUUAAGAAGACCUUAAAUCCAACUUGGGGUGAAGAGUUUAGCUUCCGGGUCGAUGAUCUUGAUGAAGAACUAAUGAUCUCUGUCUUGGAUGAAGAUAAGUAUUUCAAUGAUGAUUUUGUUGGACAGGUUAAGAUACCCAUUUCCCGGGCUUUUAAUUCUGAUAAUGGCUCCCUUGGCACUACUUGGCAUUCUAUUCAACCCAAAAGCAAAAGGUCCAAGCAGAAGGUUUGUGGUGAAAUUCUUCUUGCUAUAAGUUUUUCUCAAACCAAUGCAUUUGUAGACUUCAAUUCCAAUGGUCACGUCUCUUAUCCAAAGGCUUCUAGUGAUGAAAUAAUGGGUUCACCGCCAAGGUCUCAUAGUGGCAAAUCUAGUUCUCCAUCUCCAGUGAGGCAAAGAGAAAGUUCGUUGAAGGAACAGAGAUCUUCUCAGCAGAAGACCUUUGCUGGUCGUAUUGCUCAAAUUUUUCAAAAAAAUGUAGAUUCUGCUUCGUCAGUUUCUUCUCGUGCUACUGAGCUGUCAGAUAUAUCUGAAAUCCCUCCGUCUGAAAUUUUGGAAGUCAAAUCAGAAGAUCAAACUUCUAUGGCCACAUUUGAAGAAGCAGUAAAAGUAUUGGAGUCAAAAGAUCAAGAAACUGAAACCCCCUCAAAUUUUCCAGGAAUAAUGGUCGAUCAAUUGUAUGCCAUUUCACCCUCUGACCUUAAUUCUCUACUCUUUUCAUCAGCUUCAAGUUUUCUACAAUCUUUGGCUGACCUUCAGGGUACUACAGAACUGCAACUUGGAAAUUGGAAAUUUGAGAAUGGUGGUGAAAGCUUAAAGAGAACAGUAUCAUAUCUUAAGGCUCCAACAAAACUAAUCAAAGCUGUCAAAGCAUUUGAGGAACAAUCGUACCUAAAAGCUGACGGAAAUGUUUAUGCAGUUCUAGCUGUUGUCAGCACUCCAGAUGUAAUGUAUGGGAACACAUUCAAAGUAGAGAUACUUUACUGCAUAACACCUGGUCCUGAGCUUCCGUCAGAAGAGAAAUCUUCACGACUGGUAAUUUCAUGGCGAAUGAAUUUUCUGCAGAGCACUAUGAUGAAAGGAAUGAUAGAGAAUGGAGCCAGGCAAGGUAUAAAGGACAAUUUUGACCAGUAUGCUAGUUUGUUAUCUCAAAUUGUUCCUCCAGUUGAUCAGAAAAGUAUUGGGUCAAAUAAGGAACAGGCUUUGGCAUCGUUGGAGGCACCACCACCACAGUCGACCUUUAAACUUGCUGUACAAUAUUUUGCUAAUUGCACUGUUGUGUUCACUACUUUUAUGGCUUUGUACGUGCUUGUACACAUUUGGCUGGCUGCACCUAGCACGAUUCAGGGCCUUGAAUUUGUAGGGCUCGACCUACCUGAUUCAAUAGGUGAAUUCAUUGUGUGUGGCGUCCUGGUUCUGCAGGGUGAACGUGUUUUGGGGUUGAUUUCACGCUUCAUGCGAGCCAGACAGCAAACAGGAAGUGAUCAUGGAAUCAAAGCACAGGGAGAUGGAUGGUUGCUUACUGUUGCUCUGAUUGAAGGGUGUAGUUUAGCUGCAGUGGAUUCAAGUGGGUUAUCUGACCCAUAUGUGGUGUUUACAUGUAAUGGGAAAACUAAAAACAGCUCAAUCAAGUUCCAAAAGUCUGAUCCUCAAUGGAAUGAAAUUUUUGAAUUUGAUGCAAUGGAUGAACCUCCUUCUGUGUUGGGUGUUGAAGUUUAUGAUUUUGAUGGGCCUUUUGAUGAGGCUACAUCUUUAGGAUAUGCUGAGAUUAAUUUCCUCAGGACUAGUAUAUCAGAUUUGGCUGACAUAUGGGUACCCCUUCAGGGGAAGUUGGCUCAGACCUGUCAAUCCAAAUUGCACUUGAGAAUUUUUCUGGAUAAUACGAGAGGCAGCCAUGUAAAUAUUGUUAAAGAGUACUUAAGUAAAAUGGAAAAGGAGGUUGGAAAAAAGAUCAAUUUGCGUUCUCCUCAGUCAAAUUCAGCCUUCCAGAAACUAUUUGGGCUUCCAGCUGAAGAAUUUCUUAUUAAUGACUUUACUUGUCAUUUGAAACGAAAGAUGCCGAUUCAGGGGCGCAUCUUCCUGUCAGCUAGAGUCAUAGGUUUCCAUGCAAAUAUAUUUGGGCACAAGACCAAAUUCUUUUUCCUGUGGGAGGACAUUGAGGAUAUUCAAGUUGCUGCUCCAACUCUUUCAUCAAUGGGCAGUCCAAUUAUUGUUAUAACUCUCCGAGCAGGUAGAGGCUUGGAUGCAAGGAAUGGUGCAAAGACACUAGAUGAGGAAGGCAGGCUGAAAUUCCAUUUCCAUUCCUUUGUAUCGUUUGGUGUAGCACAUAGGACAAUCAUGGCUCUCUGGAAGGCUAGAUCUUUGAGUCCAGAGCAGAAAGUGCGAAUAGUUGAAGAAGAAUCUGAAGCCAAAGGCUGCUUGCAGACCGAAGAGAGUGGAUCAUUUUUGGGUCCCAGUGAAGUCAGUAUGUCUGAGGUUCUCUCAACCACUCUUUCUGUUCCUACCAACUUUGCUAUGGAGCUAUUCAAUGGGGCGGAUUUGGAACGCAAAGUUAUGGAGAAAGCUGGUUGUCUUAAUUAUUCAUUUACUCCAUGGGAAUCAGAGAAGGAGAAUGUCUAUGAAAGACAAAUAUAUUAUGUCUUUGACAAGCGUAUCUCCCACUAUAGAGUUGAAGUGACAAGUACACAGCAAAGACACUCACUUCCCAAUAAAAAUGGUUGGUUGGUUGAAGAGGUCUUGACACUUCAUGGAGUUCCCCUAGGCGACUAUUUCAAUGUUCACCUUAGAUAUCAAAUUGAGGAUCUACCUUCUAAGUUGAAGGGAUGUUGUAGCGUACUAGUAUCCUUUGGAAUGGCCUGGCAGAAAAGCACUAAGCAUCAGAAAAGGAUGACAAAGAACAUCCUGAAAAAUCUACAAGAUCGUUUGAAAGUAACUUAUGGACUCGUUGAGAAUGAAUCUGCAACAUGAUAAUGCUUGGAUUUAAUGUAUUGCUAUGUACAUGUACAUCGAGAUUUAUGUACUUAGAGGAGCUGGUGCUUUAAUGAUGGGUGAUAUUCUGCUUCUUUUUUCAGCAAAUGUCUUGCUGAUUGGAGCUUGAUUGGCAAUGGCGACUACACCAUUGUGUUUUGUAUUGAAAGCUCUAAUUUUCUUGCCACAAUACUUGGUUAUUCAGAAGGCUGAAAAAAUGAUUGAACAGAUUCUGGAAUGGCGCUUGAUUUGAUCUCUGUAAACCUGGUUUUCGAUCUCGAUAAGCUUGAAGUGAAGCUGGUGGUACGUUUGCAUAGAGUUGCUGCCUUGAAAUUCAGAAGCGCCUCUUCAUGGGAGAAUAGAGGACGGAAUAGGUAAUUAAGAACAUAUAAUAAUAGUCCAGUGAUGUGCAGAGUCAGAUUCUUUGUCGGUUAGUUUAUACUCAGAUUGAUUAGUUUUUUUAAUAUGUAUAGGUCGUUUUGUAAUUAUUCAUUGGUAGGCAGGACCUACUAGCAGGUGUUGGAAUCAUCAUGUAGAAGUCUCAUGUUGGUUUUACAGUUGUAUAUGAGACAGAAUGCUGAUUCGAUGUAUAAACUAUGCAUGGCCUAACGAUAUAAUACGAGUUCCAUUUUUUGAUUGAUAAA